AUGGAUAAGAGUGUCAACCCCGAUUUGUGGGGUUUCCCCCAGCUGCUGUGCACCCCCCAGGCCCCACUCACCCUUUGGGGCUCCUCCGGGAGGGAGUCUGGCUGCCGUGUACCUGCCUCUGCAUCCCCCGUGCCCUCCUCCACCUGCCCCGCUGGAGACUCCUCCUCCGGACACCCUCCCAGCGCUGCCCGCCUGCUGCUGCUGCCCCGGUUACCGCACUGCUCCCCGGCUCCCACCGGCACCCCGCUCCUCCUGGCUGCUCCCCGGCUCCCACCGGCACCCCGCUCCUCCUGGCUGCUGCCCUGGCCCCACCGGCACCCCGCUCCUCCUGGCUGCUGCCCGGCUCCCACCGGCACCCCGCUCCUCCUGGCUGCUGCCCUGGCCCCACCAGCACCCCACUUCUCCCAGCAGCGUCCCACUCUCCCCGCUGGCCCCUGCUGUGUCCCGGCACCCCGCUUACCUUACCGGCACCCCCUCGCUGUGCCCGGCUCGCCCUGCCAGCGCCCUCUCUGCGCCCCGGGCCCCGCGGGAGCUGGAGCAGCAGGUCGGGCUUUGUCUCCCGCAGAAAAGCUAACCCAACUUACCUUUCCAGUCCGCCGUGCUCGGCACCCACGCCCGGAAAGCAAACACGGAUGGAAAGCGGCUGUGCGGCCCGACACCGCUGCCCCCCGCCCAGCACACGGGCCGAGGGCAGGAGCUCUGCCUGGGUGGCAGAGGCAGCUUUCCCAGCAGUCGGGAAUUAAUCCCUACCUGGAGGAGAGCGGUGACAAAAGGCAGGCAGCUGGUGGCACCUUGUGCCUGUUGUUUGAGCAGGCCUUCCCCUUGGUUUAUCGUGCGGCAGAGAGGAGCAAAGUCGAAGGACCAAUUGCUCGUGCUCUAAUUUAUCACACAUGGAAAGGCAGCAAGGGGAUUUUUUAACAACAGAAUGACCUGGCAGCUGGAUCACCGUGAUGGGGCAGGCACAGGCUCUGUGCUGCUUCUGCUGUACCAACUGGUCUUAGCACAACUCCACCAUGCCCAGAAUCCAAGACCUGGCCUCCGUCUGUGCUGUCAAGUUCAUAAGUGACAGAAGUGUGUAACAGCUCACUUAAAAAUUUACUACUUGUUGUUGUUUAUUAUAAGAGGUAAAAACAAAUGUGCUUUCCAAGCAAAAGUUUGGCUAUUAAUCUUUGCAUCAGCUCAUACAACAUAAUCUGAGAUGUUUUGUAAGUGACUUGUCAGAAACAACCCUGUGUAACCCCUCAAACCAUGUGUCCCCACAUCUCCUAAGACAGAUGUUCAUUGCAGGUGAUCAGCCUAUGGAUGCUCUGUUUCUCCGGUGUGUUGGUACCACGUAAUCCAUUGGCAGAGAUUAUUUUCUUACCACUAAUUUGGGUUCCUGUCUUCCACCCUGACAUCAGCUUUCAUGAAAUUUGCAGAGCAUCAUGAUCUGCCUCUCUUUAAAAUCAGUGAAAGCAGAAAAUGAAUUCAGACUACAUCCAGAAAGGAAUGGACAUAAGGACAAAAGCAGCCAUUUAGGACUCAUUUCCUAAAAACAGGCAAGAAAAUCUUUCCCAUUAUACAACUGUUUAUUUUUUACCAAGGCUUGUAUUUCAAUUGAAGUGAUUCUCAUAGAGCAAAAAAGAAAACAGGUAAAAUUUGAUUUGACAAUGUUUCUUUUAUUCCCUCUGCACUGGGUGUUCCCCCUUUGCGGUAUGGCACAGCUACAGAGCUUGGCAUUUGCUGCUCCUCAGGACACAUGUGCAGAGCUGAGCCCUUUCCCAAAUAAAUGACCCACCCAACAUGAUAAAAGUAGCACUCCUCUCCUAUGUUGAGACAAUUGCUUUCGUCUCGCCACUGUCUAUAUGGACUUGCAAACCUGUCCCAGUAAUAAAACCCACAAAUGUUCUACACAGUAGAGAAAAAUUCAUGAAAUUCCUCAGGACGUCCAAAACCACCACAAAGACAUUCCAUCAUUUUCAUUUCUAGUCCCCUUAAAUAGGUGGUGAUGA